AUGACUACCCUCGAGUCCUUCAGUCCGCCAGCCUACCUCACCGACUUCACCAAGGAGAAUGCGGUCAAAUGGUCAAAAGACUACAUCAGCAGAUGGAUGGACGGAAGCGCCUCGACCCCGGAGGUUACCCAAUUCUAUAACCCCACCACCCGGGCCACGGAGGGAGAUAUAGUCAAGAAGAAUAUCACCUGGACGGCAUUCCCAAACACAGUAAAGCACGACACCCCCGAAAAAGAAAGAUGGAAGGUGGCGGACUCCACCAGGGAGAACCAAGACGAGUACUGCGAGUGGUCUGUUCGCCGGAAUUCGAAGGGGCAGAUUACUAGGGUUGUGUUUACUUGUGAGGGUCCAGAGGUAUGUAUCCCCUCCCCCUUCCCACAAUCCCGGGCGAUAUAGGAAUUGAAAGAGUGGGUCAGUACUGGGAAGCACUGGCAACCCUCCAACCAGACACCCUGCUACAGCUGUACAAGGACAACAACCCGGAAUACGCCAGCCAGAUCAAGAGAGAGGACCUCUAUACCAACAAGACCCGCUACAACCGCCUGAACAAAUGGAACAAUAGCACAACCACAGGCUCAAUAAUGCACUUAAUCCAGAGCGCAAACACACUAGGAGCCGAAAUCCAACUCGGGGCAGACGCGACCGUUCUCCGUGUCGACUCUGCGGGCAACCCCAUUCACGAUUACGAUCGCUUGAUUAGGUGCAGUCAGUACGGCGGUAUCUACCGCAAUUCCGACCCAGCCGUAACCCUCACCAAAUUCAUAUCCCCCCGCGCUUAAGCUAACAUUUCCACAGAUCGGGGGAAACGUGAACGACCUCGCCUGGAAAGGGCCCCUUUUAACCUUGGCGGACCCGGUAGGUCUGUACCUGGAGUCCUUCGACGGUAGUCAAUUCGUGGCGCCGGACGAGGAAGACGUCCAAAAGUUCUGGAGAUUCACCCGCGGCACUCCGGCGGAUCCUACCCGCGGCCGUCCAGCGCACUGGGUCCGCGCGGUCUUCGAAGUUCCGGAAUCGUACGGGUACAACGUUUCAGAUAUCAAGGAUACCAAGGGUAACAAGAUCAACUGGGGCAGUCAGCUCGCAGACGCUAUCCAGAUAAGGCUCACCGGACAGGCGGUGGAGAUCGGGAAGCAUCUUGGGCAGAAGAGGAGAUGUAAGCCGGGGGCGGCGGCGGCGGCGGUAUCCGUAGCCUCGGCGGCAGUGAGCGAGUCCGCCGGUAUAAGUGCUGCCAGCGAGGCCGACGAGGACAAUACCCCUGAGCACCUUAAGGGUACUAGGUCUCACGGGUUGGAUAUCGAGGCGCAGGGGUAUGUGUGCUAUUAG